AUGACUGCAAAUAGAGAAAAAGAAUUGAUCGAAAUUAUAAACAGUACACCUAAUACUACAUGGCAGGCAGGCUCAUAUCCAAAUAAAGUAUAUCAAUUCAACAUAAUACCAAAAAAUACAACAGAAAUUGAUUCCAAAAUAAAAAAACUAUUUGGUUUUUUCAAACUUUCGUAUGAAAUACCAGUACAAUUUGAUGCAAGGGUUAAAUGGAGUUCAAUAAAUAGUAACUCCACUGACAAAUGUCCAAGUAUAAAAAAAGUUUUUAAUAACGGAAAAUGCAAGUGCGGAUGGGCUGUUGCAAUUGCUUCUGUUUUAUCAGAUCGACAAUGCAUAGCAUCUGAAUAUAAAAUAAAACAUUCAAUGUCAGCUCAUUAUUUAAUAAGUUGUUGUAAACAUUGUUGUGGUUGUAAUGGCGGUAAUAUCCGAAGUGCAUGGGAAUUUGUUAAACAUAAAGGAAUUGUAACUGGAGGUCCAUACAAAUCAAAUUUGGUAAUUAGUAUAAAUGAUAAUGGUUGUCAACCUUUUAUGACCCCACCGUGUCAAAGGACAUUUGAAUGUUCAACAGAAACCUCGUUGAUUCCAGAAUGUAUGGAGAAGACAUGUAGGUCUCACAAAGUAAAUGAUGAAAUAAUAAAAGCAGAAUUUAUUAAAACAUAUGUGAUAGAUUAUUUAUCAUUGCCGCGCAAACACCCCAGUGAAAUAAUGAAAGAUUUAAUGGAAUAUGGACCACUUCAAGUGUCCAUGCACAUGUAUGAGGACUUUAGAGUUUAUACGACAGGAAUUUACACUCAUAUAGUAGGAGAAUUCGAAGGUGAUCAUGCAGUUAAAUUAAUUGGUUGGGGAACUGACAAUGGUCAUAAAUAUUGGUUGUUGAUCAAUUCAUUUGGUUACCUUUGGGGAGAAAAUGGAACUUUUCGAAUACCAAGAGAUGGAUCUGAUAAUACAGAAUUUGGUUAUGCUAUAAUUUCUCCAAUUGUUGGAAAAGCUAUUCAACCAACAACUUGCAAAAUAAUAAUACUAUAUUUUUACUUAGCAAUACUUUUAGUAUAA